CGCGGGACUAAAAUGUGUGCAAGUUCCGCGCUGCGUUUCCUCCUCUCUCGGCUGUCCUCCCCGAGGGGCGUCCGCGGCGUGCCACGCUAUUCAGCAGCUCCGGGUAGUCGUGACCGACCGCAGUGUCUCGCUAUGCAGCGGACCUGCAGGGAAUUAUGGAUGAUUCCGGAGGUUGCGAUCACGACGACAGCGGCGAAUUUCUUCUCCCGUGAUCGGUCAAAGUACAUUUCGUUCGGUGUAAUAACCCAGAUGCCACGAAGCAGGAGGCGUCACCGCUCUCGCAGCCACUCGAGAACACGCUCACAUUGUUCUAUGGAAUCGCCGUACGAGCAUAAACGCAGACGUAUUGAUUACGAGAGUCCACAAAGCAAGGGAACCUACAGGUAA